CAGCAGAGACGGGAGCUGUUUGCUCUCCGUGCUGGCGACCAGAGAAACACACGACUGCCUUCAGAGAACAUCAGCUGCACUGUUUCCUUUUUUCUUUUACAUAAAAUAAACUCGGUGCAGUGAGAUGAGUGCACGCUGCCAAACAGGUUACCUGGAUCAAAGCUUCUCGGCAUGGAAGAACUUGACGUUCCAAAUCAACCAAUAUUUGUCAUUUCUGUCACGCUACUCUGGACUACAUUUUUAUUCUCUCUCUGAAUACGACAUUGUGCCAAGGAACCCUGCCAGAGGCCACAUGAUCGAUGGAGAGUUGGCAAGAGUCACUUCAUCUCCAAAUGAACGGGCAGAGCGGUUUGUGCAGCAGGGAAAGCUUUUAUCCGCUGCAUUAGGAGGAGCAGAACAAGGCAGCUGUAAUUGAGGAACAGAUGUGGCAUGAAUGGUAUCAAUCUGCAGGACACUUGCACAACUCAAUGCACCCAACAAGUAAUAAUGGCUCCCGCUGAGAACACCAGUGUUUUCCCAGAGGCAGGUCGCUGCCCCAACUGCAGCUCCUCUGCGCACCCAGGGAUGGAUGUAGCAAAGGCGGUGGUUUUGGGGAUAGUGCUGGUGGUGUUUGUCGUGUUCGGGGUCCUUGGCAACAUCCUGGUAAUCCUGUCUGUGUUGCUCCACCGCCACUGGCGAUCCGUGACACAUUACUUCAUCGCCAACCUGGCUGCGGCGGACCUCCUGCUCAGCUCCGCUGUCCUGCCCUUCUCCGCCACCUCCGAGGCUCUGGGCAGAUGGGUGUUCGGCCGGUCCUUCUGCAGCGUCUGGGCCGCGCUGGACGUCCUCUGCUGCACCGCCUCCAUCCUCAGCCUGUGUGUGAUCUCCAUUGACAGCUACCUGGCGAUCAGCUACCCUCUGCGCUACCCUGCCAUGGCUACGGGGCGGCGAGGGCUGACCGCGGUGGCCACUCUCUGGGGACUCUCUGCAGCCAUAUCGGUCGGCCCCCUGUUUGGCUGGAGGGAGCCCGACCCAGAAGACGAGACGGUGUGCCGGAUCACGGAGGAGCCCGGCUACGCUUUGUUCUCAGCACUGGGCUCCUUCUACAUACCUCUUGCCAUUAUCCUGGCCAUGUACUGCCGCGUGUAUACUGUGGCGAAGAGAGAGACGAAGACGCUCAGAAAGAGCAGCAAGGAGGGAGGCGUUGAGACGGAGGGGGUGAUGCUGAGGAUACACAGAGGGAACGCUGCUCAGUCGGGGAAGCCUGAGGGGGACGACGACGGGGCCACAACACAUAAACGCACCACCUUUACCCUGUCGAGGCUGCUGAGGUUCUCAAGAGAGGAGAAGGCGGCCAAGACUCUCGGCAUUGUCGUCGGGUGCUUCAUUCUGUGCUGGCUCCCUUUUUUCCUGGUUUUACCCAUCGGAUCAAUCUUCCCCUCUUGUAAGCCUUCUGAAACCGUCUUUAAGAUUACCUUCUGGCUGGGAUACCUCAACAGCUGCAUCAACCCCAUCAUCUACCCGUGCUUCAGCCGGGAGUUCAAGAAAGCCUUCCACAACGUGCUCCGUGGACGCUGCCUGAGAACUGGGGUGCUGGCUGCCAAACCGCAGGGACACAUCGCCACCCGCUCCUCCAGUCCCGGCCCCGCGUCCAAUACCUCUGACGCCUCAGCCCAAAACCACGUCACUGCUUCCCCAUGCUGUUGCUGCGGGACGCUGUCGACCUCCUCGUCAUCGGUCGGUGGUCCAAAUCAGGCUCAAAUCCAGAGUAGGAGUCUGCUGAAGGCGUGGUGUCUCUCGGCAAGUCGAACGCCGGUGCCGCAGAACCCCUCGGGUCACAGAACGACCAAGGUCUUACGCCUUUCUCUCGGUGAUACGGGAGAGGCUGUUUGAACGGCUUGUUGAUACGACUAUGAAUUUUUGAGCACCCCCCCUGGUGCCUCACGGAAACUCUUUCGUACAACUUCAGCAUGCAUAUUAAAAUCCCUCAGAGGCGUCAGAGUGCAGAGCCUGCUGACAGAGAAACUUGCCUCCAGAGCAGGCAGACGAGAACUCUGUUGCCUUGAGGCUUUAUGCGAGUGAAAAUGCCUGGAGUGUCAAAUAAAAUAUGAUUU